GAACAAACAACAAUGUCGACAUCCAACAACGACGUACAAAGGCGAGAACUCAAGACCCUCACAACCCUACGUGCGACACUAGAAUCAAUCCGCUUGCUUACGGAGGGUGUAGCGAAGGAUUUGGGGACGGGAGAGAGGAAUUAUGAGGCUGUUAGGGAGGUUAACGAGAGGUGGGCCAAGGUUGUUGAGGGUGCGGCAGCUGGGAAGUGAAUGGAUCUGAAUAAUGGACUUGCGCUUCAAUGGAGACGCCCGCGUUGACCAGCUCGAGCCUUGCCGGCGUCGAAACGAGCAUACAUACGGCCCGGGCAUCUCGAGUUGGAGAACGCCCAACGUGCUGACGUGCCAGAGAAUACAGCAAUUGCAGCUGGUGGGCAUACGACGCCAUGGAGAGAGAAGCCUAGAAUACGGAACGACGAGGCAG